AUGGCUUCUCUUUGUUGCCCUGCCUCUUGUUCCAUCAGAUGUUCUAACAGGGACCAUCCACAUGAUCCAAAUAAGCAAAAACUGAAUAACAUCAAGGUACAUGGAACUUCUACUAUGCCCACAGCUAAGGUUGAUCUACUGAGCCAAACAGUAGGAGCAGCAACGGCAUUGACUUCAGUUUCUUCCAUAGCUGAAAAUGGCCAUAUAACCAAAGAGCAGCUCCGCCAAAAUAUUCCAACAAAGAAGCAGUUUGUUGAUCCAUACCGUCAGGGGCUGAUUGUCGAAGGGGGUGUCGGAUACAGCCAGACAGUGGUUAUUCGUUCAUAUGAAGUUGGACCUGACAAAACUGCAACAUUAGAGAGCAUCCUUAAUCUUUUGCAGGAAACGGCAUUGAAUCACGUUUGGAUGUCGGGACUGCUUGGCAAUGGAUUCGGGGCUACACAUGGAAUGAUGAGGAACAAUCUCAUAUGGGUUGUCUCAAGAAUGCAGGUUCAACUUGAUCACUAUCCAAUCUGGGGAGAAGUAGUAGAAAUUGACACAUGGGUUGGAGCAUCAGGGAAGAAUGGAAUGCGAAGAGACUGGCUAAUUCGAAGUCAUGCCACAGGCCAGAUUUUUGCAAGAGCAACCAGUACUUGGGUGAUGAUGAACCAGCAAACCAGGCGCCUUUCAAAAAUGCCAGAAGAGGUGAGGGCUGAGAUUUCACCCUGGUUUAUUGAGAAGCAAGCAAUCAAAGAAGAUGUCCCUGAAAAAAUUGUUAAGUUGGAUGAUAAAGCAAAAUAUGUGAACUCCAACUUGAAGCCCAAGAGGAGCGAUCUGGAUAUGAACCACCACGUGAACAAUGUGAAGUACGUAAGAUGGAUGCUUGAGACCAUCCCUGAUCAAUUUUUGGAGAGCCACCAACUGUCCAGCAUCAUACUAGAAUAUAGAAGAGAAUGUGGAAGUUCAGACAUUGUUCAAUCCCUAUGUGAACCAGAUGAGGCUGCAAUUCUCAAAGAGGGAGGUCAACAACAACCAAAUGAGAUCAAAUUGCUAAAUGGGUUUCCAAUGGCAUCAGAAAUUCUUGAUGGCCAUGGUCUGCUGAAUGGGUCCUUUCACAAGGGGACAUUAGGAUAUACACAUGUCCUCCAGACUAAAGGGGGCCGCAAAUAUGAAGAGAUCGUCAGAGGGAGGACAAAAUGGAGGACAAAACACUCUGCCAUAUCCUUUACUUAAUAAGUUGUACAUUACAUAAAUGGGAUCUAGCAAACUAGUACUAUUCAAUAUUCAAGGCACCUCAUCCCCAAUAUGAGAUGGGUUGACAUAAUUUCCAGAA